ACUUUCUCACAUCCAACUAUCAAAACACAAGUUUAGAAAGAAAGAAAAAAUCAACUAAUUUUGUUAUCACCCAAAAAGAAGCACAAAUACAAUAUGGCUUUCGCUUUGAAGUUCUUUACAUGCCUUGUUUUGACUGUGUGCAUAGUUGCAUCCGUAGAUGCAGCUAUCACAUGUGGCACAGUGGUAAGUAGCUUGGCUCCAUGUGGAGGCUAUCUAUCAAAAGGUGGGGCGGUGCCGCCUCCGUGUUGUGCAGGAGUCAAAAAGUUGAACGGUAUGGCUCAAACCACACCUGACCGCCAACAAGCUUGCCGAUGCUUACAGUCCGCUGCCAAGGGCGUUAACCCAAGUCUAGCCUCAAGCCUUCCUGGAAAGUGUGGUGUUAGCAUUCCCUACCCCAUCUCCACCAGCACUAACUGCGCCACCAUCAAGUGAAAUGGAAGCUUACCUCAUCAUUUGCCUGAAGAGUUUGGUUUUGAAUAUCAUAAGUAAAAUAAAACACGGCUACCUAAGCUGAUAUUUGCCAUGCCUUUGCUUGUCUCGAUGCUUUGUAAUCUUUUUCCUUUCAUGUGUUGUAUUAACGUGGUUCAGAUAUGAUAAUAGUACCUUCUUAAUUAGCUA